UGGCAGUAGCAGUCCUGAGACAGAGAGUGAAAGAGCAUAAAAACAAUUCUACUGAAGAGCAGCUUAAACCAAAUCACACAAUGGCAUCUGUUAUACGCGCUGAUCUCACUGGACCAGUCUUGCUUAUCUGGAUUUGUGUUAAGACUUGCUUAUCAGAGGACAAUAUGACGUGGCCAACAGACACAUCCUACGAGAGUGACUACAGCACUGGGACAGAACCAGUGGAAGUUGAUUAUGACCAUUUUGAAAUGCAGUGCCUGAAACAGUCCAACCGCUUUUUCCGGUCUUGGUUCAUGCCUGCCAUCUACUCUGUUAUUUGUGCUGUGGGCCUGGUGGGGAACCUGUUGGUCAUGCUAACCUAUGUCUAUUUCAAACAACUGAAAACCAUGACUGAUGUAUACCUCCUCAAUUUGGCAGCAGCAGACCUUCUCUUUGUGCUGACAUUACCUUUCUGGGCAGCUAACUGCCUUGACAAGUGGGAGUUAGGGUUGUUCCUGUGCAAGGCUAUGUACAGCAUAUACAAGAUCAGCUUCUUCAGUGGCAUGCUGCUGCUCACCUGCAUCAGCGUGGAUCGUUAUUUUGCCAUCACCCGGGCUAUCAAGGCCCGCAGCCGCCGCUCACAGACUGUUUACUUUAGCAAGGUAUCAUCAGUGGCACUUUGGGCUUUGGCACUGCUCUUUUCUGUGCCUGAAAUUAUCUACACCAAUGUAAGUGAGAGCCAGACCUGCACUCCCUUCUCAGGGGAAUCCAGUCAACUCCGGGUGGGCAUUCAGGUGUGCCAGAUGGUAGCUGGAUUUUUAAUGCCUGCCCUAGUGAUGGGCUUCUGUUAUUGUGCCAUUAUGAAGACCCUGAUGCAGGCUCGCAACUUUGAGAAGAACAAGGCCAUUAAAGUAAUAUUUGCUGUGGUAGCUGUCUUCCUGUUCUUCCAGGUGCCCUACAACUUUGCCAUGCUUGUGACCACACUGAAUACAGCCUACGGAGGCAGUAAGGAUUGUGCCUUUGAAAUAAGUCUUCUGUAUGCUGUGGACAUCACCCAGAGCCUGGCAUUUAUGCGCUGCUGCAUCAACCCUUUCCUCUAUGCUUUCAUUGGUGUCAAGUUUCGUCAUAAUCUGCUUAAACUGCUCAAGGAUCUGGGCUGUGUGAGCCAGUCAUGCCUUUCCCAUUAUUCAUCUUACUCAAAGAAUAGGGCUCCUGUAACAACGGAUGUGGAGACCACAACCUCCUUCUCCCCUUAGAGCAACUAGAGCAAGAUCAUAUCAUCCAUAUCAACCUUUUGUUAAGCCUUCUAUGCCAUUGUCCAGGGAACCUUUCUCCUUUAACAUUAAUAUUCUUUAACAUAUUCUCCACUGAAAUGGACAUCUUUCUGUUUUUUUUUCUUAUAAUGUAAUUUAUGGAACACUUUGCCACCCCAAUCUGUCUACUCCACUAAGGAGACCGGAUAAGCAUGUUCCAGAAUUCCAGAACAGACCAGUAAAAUAUAUACAAUAGUCAUCUGGUUCUAAUACUCUGUGUUCUAUGCCAUGAUUCAGAUCAUACUGAUCUGACAAAUCUAUUUUCAUUCGUAUUUAUACUGGAAUUUGCAUUGACACUCUCGUUCGUAAUUUCUUUUCAUUUCAUGUUACAGUGACACAAAGUACAAGUAUGUGGAACCUUCUCACCAUACUGAUACUAUGCUAUUGUAAGAGUACAUUGGGUACCCUGAACCUAGUGAUCCUUUUUCUAAAGGCUUUUCUUUUUUUGGGUGGAGACAGCCAAUUACCAUCUGGCAGAAUAGCUGUUUGGUCAGAUUGGCAACUGCUCUCCUCCAAACCCUUCAUCCUGGGACAGAUUCACAACCUUUACCAUGCUGCCACUGGAAUGAAAAGCCUCAUACCUGAGCUCCUCCCUCUGAUACUUACUUUUUAAGCAAGGUGGUAAAGCACCUGCUUGUGAGGUGGGCACUUGUUAGGAAUUGCUAUCUCUUUGUCAAUCAAUGUUCAUUAUCUCUGUGAUUAAUGCAUGUGUAUAUCUGUAUGAUUAGUGCCACCACUUGUACAUGUGUAUCUCUCUGUAUGCCUCCUGCAGCUACUUAUUUGUGUGAUUCAUCUUAUUAGUCAUAGCUAAGCGACAAUUUGAUCACUUUGACUAAUGGUAGAGUCCGAACUAUGCCUUUCCUGUUUUGUUGUUUAUUUCUCUUUUUUUGUGCAAAUAAAAGGCUUUGGAACUUCA